AUGCAGGUAUUACUUCGUUAAGCACCUCAAAUCCUGAAGAUUUACAAAGCACCGAAGGCCACAAUGAAAGACAUGAUAACGUUCCAUACACAGGAGUAUAUUGAAUUUCUCCGAGAUGUUACGCCAACAAACCUAAACAUGUAUUCUAAAGAAAAGCUACUGUCGUACAACGUUGGAGAGGACUGGUAAUUGCUGUAUAUUUUCUAUUAAUCCGCCUAGCCCAAUUUUUGAUGGGAUUUACCAGUUCUGUUCCAUGUACACCGGAGCGUCAUUACAAGGUGCCAAGUAUCUAAACGCAGGGGUACUCUUGCUUUAUUUUCUGAUUGCUUUAGUUCACAGACAUUGCCAUUAACUGGGCAGGAGGUCUUCAUCAUGCGAAAAAAUUCGAGGUGAGCUGCCUAUCUCAGUUCUAUUUCUAGGCCUCCGGAUUUUGCUAUGUCAAUGACAUUGUUAUCGCGAUUCUGGAACUUUUAAAGUAAGCCCACACAUCUUUUACGUUCUGUCUAGACACCAUGCGCGUGUGCUCUACAUAGACAUUGAUGUACACCACGGGGAUGGCGUUCAAGAAGCCUUUUACCUGACCGACCGUGUGAUGACUGUCUCUUUUCACCGUUACGGAAAUCUCUUUUUCCCAGGAACAGGCAAGACAUACCUUUGGUUUAACAUAAGCUAUACUCUUAUUCCUAAACAUCGUUUGAAUGUGUUUUCCUUGUGAAUAACUCCUAUGUAAGUCUUCUUAGCUCUUUGCUGGCCUUUUAACUGACGAAUCUUAAACGUGCCCCGGGUUCUCUGUGUAGUUUUUCCGGAAGUUUGGAGGGAAUGGAAUUCCCCAGGUUCCAGACAAGUCGCUUUCCCCUCCAAACGCCCGUCUAUCUCAGUCCAUUUGGUUCUUUCCCCGCGUCUUGCCACGAUGACAACCUGGUGUGGCCCAGAGCCGGGAUUACUACCCAUCUUGUUUUUCUUUCCCCCUUUGGUCCUUGUGUCUGCUCUUCAAGCCCGGCCUUGAUAACCAUCUUUUGAUAAUCGGUAGGCGAGGUCUCCAAUGCAAAUAUAGACCGCCUUUAUUUAUGCAUGACAAUCUAAUGAACCACUUUUGAUGCACUCCACUUUAAGUCUCCUUUUUCAUGUAAACGGCGCUGGUGCACUGAAUUCAUUCACAAACGUCGGCGAAAGUGAUUAGUCUGUUGCCAGGUUAGCCGUCCACCAUUGAGUUUGCGGAUCACAACGGACUCACGAAAGGACGGAGCCAAACCGUUUGUCUGGUCAAAAUUUUCUAGACCGAGAUCAUGACCGUCGGUUUAAGAUGCUGCUCACAACGGUCAUGGAAAACCAAGACCUCUCGACGAAGGUCUUAUCGCCCUUUCGAAUGUAGUACCUCAUCCUCUGGUAUCCCAAAGGGUGUUUCCGCAAGUUGGUGCCCUGUGUUCUAUAACAAGUGAAGGGAAAUUUUUGUCACUGGAUACUUAAACAACAUUAGUAAGGACAGAUUCACAUACUUUCCCAACCUGUUAGUUGCGUUUAUCAUAAUUCCUUUCCAUCUCUUGUUUUUGUCUUUGCAGGAGAUAUGUUCGAGGUGGGAGUUGAGAACGGGAAAUAUUACUCCGUUAAUGUGCCUCUAAAGGAAGGUAUAGAUGACGACAUGUACUUCUCCAUCUUCAAAUCCGUCAUUACUGAUGUGGUGCAGUUCUAUCGACCAACUGCCAUAGUCCUGCAAUGCGGGGCGGAUUCCCUAGGCUGCGACCGUCUUGGCGUCUUUAACCUCUCUAUCCGCGGCCACGGAAGCUGCGUGCGUUUCGUCAAGGGUCUCAACAUCCCCCUCCUUGUGCUGGGAGGUGGUGGUUACACGGUACGCAAUGUUGCACGGUGUUGGGCUUAUGAAACCGCCGUCCUACUGGGUCAGGAGGAUGUCAUACCCAAUGAGUUGCCGUACUCGGAGUACAUUCAGUACUUCUCUCCCGACUACACUCUUCAUCCCGAUCUUACAACAAAGUUGGACAACGCCAAUACUCGUCAAGUAUGCUCCGUGUUUGCUUUCCUUCUGACUAAUUCAAUGGCCUAUAAACAGUUUUUCCCUCAGCGUUUCCAUAUGCACUGCUACCUUUAGGUGCUUAUGGCAGAUUUAAAUAGUUCCUCCGACCCAGUUGUGAAAAACCCGGCGACCUCCGUGGGUAAUCAUUCGUUGGGUUCUAGAUUGAUUUUUUGGGGAAAAUUGCCCUAGCAAACGGCUCACCGUGUCACAAUUAGUGAAUUGCUUACGUUGCAGUAGGCUUGGGGGGCAACUUAACGACAUAUGAUUGAACUCGGAGUGUUCAGUCGGGGUCAUGUAGAUCAGGUGGUUGGAAUGUUGGCUGUACCCAAAUCAUGUUCGAAUCCACGUGAGAUAGUAGACUCCCUACAAUUGGGUUAUGCGGAGAAAGUAGUAGAUAAUUUGAUCAACCACGUCUUUGUACAUAGUCUAACAGAUGGCGCCAGUGUACUGACCACUAGACUACACUUGGGAGUGCCUGCGUGUGACCGUAUGUGUGACAAGGCCACCCACGGUAUAGAUCCAAUUAUUGUCAUAGCAGGCGCUGUGGGGCGGAGGGCGCUUAGUUUUUGGAUCUCCAGACGCACGGCGCGACCCCCUUACCGGUUUUACAACGCAGCUAUCGGUCCUGCUACCACACUUUCUUGUCUCCGGUAGUCAGUUUGUGGACAGGGCCCGUUAGUAACGUAACUGGUGUCAUCCAUCGGAGAGUCCCGUUUGUGUGUGAUCGUGGACCUGACAUUGAAAUUAGACCUAACUCUAUGUUCAUCUGUGCCAAAUUUCAGUACAUUGAGGCUCUACGAACAACUGUGCACGACAAUCUCAAGCAGCUGACGCACGCACCUAGCGUGCAGUUCGUCGAUGUGCCACCGGAUUUCUUGUACACUUUUGAUGAAGACAGCAAUGAUGAAGAGUAAGUUCUUUGAGUUACCUGAAACCGCCUUACAUUUGACUGGUUUUGCCGAUUAAAGUACUUACUUACAGUCGUGGUAUCCCAACCCGCCCUAGCAUAUCGUUCUUAUGGAGUUAGCUAAAUGAUUGCGACCGACAUUCGCGAAUUCGAUUACCCACCUAUCGAUCGCAUUUAUCAAACUCGGGCCUCGUAGCCUUCACCAACUCAAGCUCAUCCAUGUAUUCCGUAUGAUGAUGACUAACUAAUGCUGCGCACACAGCUAUGAUUAUCAAUAAAGUAAACUAGACGAGUCUUGCAGCGUUUACAAGAAGUGGCCUAAUAAUUAGAAAUGAGGCCCAGUCAUGGUGUCAAAUAUUGUGGCUAUGGCCCAAGGUGCCGUUUUGGGCUUAUUCCCAGGCUUCCAUUUCCAAGAGUCCAAAGCUCCACCAGACUCAAACCUAUGACACACCCACAAGAAAGACCGGGCAUUUUUAGAGCACAGCCAAUGGAUCCGGGCGACUUUGAGUCUAGUAAGGUCAGUGUGCUUGAAUUUUGCGGCUGCAACUUGCCCGCAACAAAUGAUACUUGUCGAGAAGAAGAGGACUUGGUCAUUGGAGCAAAAGUUGUAUUCACCUGACGUUUCCGACUCACACUCGAACUUCUCAUCGCAAACAGCAAUAAAUGAGAGUAUUUGAAGCAAAGGAGUUGCAGUAUUCAUGGUAUGUACUUGGUGAGCUAUGAUAUAUCUAUCGAAAUUAGCCACUGCAUUCAUUGGAAAUGGUCGUGCAUGACAUGAUGCUUGCUAUUCGUCUAAGCAAGUCAGUUAACUGACUGACGUUCCGAACAGGUAGAUCUGCUGUCAGUUGUCACGUAAAAAUCAAUCCGAAUUUUACACUACUUUCUGACUUCUCCGGCCAUGUACCUGUCGGUCUUUUGUCUUCGCUAACAAGAUGCCCAAAGCAUCAGCCAGCAAAUAACCUACUCUCCCAAAAGAAUCAGGUGGAAUCGCUGGAACCGGACGUUUUCUCGCUCCACAUUUCGAAUUCUUGCAGGAGUCCAUCAUCAGAGACGGUCGCAGAUAACUUAGUGGACGCACAAUUGAUGCAGUAUUUACAGGAUGUAAUUGAUGGCAGUUGGGCCGUCGUUGUCGACGAUGUCGACCGUGUGCUCCACAGCAACCUGAGGCAGAAACGGUGACUUGCGCGUGCACGGCGUCUACCUCAUUCCCUCUGCCCCCAUUUGAGCCCGGUGUCAAGGCAUAGCCAAGAAGACCAAAGGCCAGAGAGGACGCAUGUGCCUGGCACGGGCGGACCCGCACCUAGGUCUACCUCCAACCCCCGGGUCUGCAACAAACACUUGACUAGGCAGUAUGGUAUUACCGACAAAGACAAGGGAGACUGGAAUGGCCAUUUCUGGCUUAUUAGCCGUCGUCAGCCAUUCAUACCCAACCCCGACCAGGGUUUUAACCAAGAAAAAAAUGGGUCGGAAAGAGGAGGAGGUGACACAAGUCACUGGGCAACCAUACACACGGCCUGUAUACCCAGCGAAAGCGCAAGCGCAUCCACUGGCAGUGGACCAGGUGCCAGAGAAUUGCGAGCGCACGGCAGGCUGCGAUGGCCAUGGUUUGGUGAAUCAUGGCAGACGCACACAAUCCCUAAAGCCCAGAAGGGUGAGACGCAGCCCUGCAUUUAGCCUGGGCCAUCACCCUUGAAAGGCCGGGUAACCAGUCACUCAUCGACUGAGAGACAUUAUCCAUUUACAUGCACACUCCUCACAUGUGUGGAGGUGCCAGAGGUUAUGUUAAGAAGGAACCAUUACAGCCACACUCUCGGCCCAUCAAUCUGCCACUCAAUACAAACGCACAACUGGGCUGACUGCGUGGACCGAGUUGAGACGUCAGUCGGCAACCUAAAUCACGGCGGUUGGCGCACCGCGAUCGACUCGGAUCACACAUGCAGCACAGGUGCCACAUGGAGAAGGAGUCGAGAAGCCCACUCCUCACUUAAGUGAGAGGUGUCAAUUGAGUGCAUGCGUUGUGUGACGAUGGGUAAUUUUGCUGUGUGGUGCAGGUGCUGGUAGGGGAAAGUGUGAUGGCGUGGUGGCCACUCCAGCGCAGUUGCAAUUGUCUCAGCAUGGCGUGGCAUCUAAGGAUUCCCUUCCCUUUCACUACUUCCGUCCCCGGGAUCUGGUCCUGCCAUCUCAGCUUUAGUAUGCGCCAAAGACAGCUAGGAUGGGAGUGGUUAAGCUUCCGCGCCCAGGUCUCCGCUCCAUACAGCGGUGCCGUCAAAACGACAGCUUUGUACAUCUUGAGCUUGAUGCUGAGGUGGAGACCGUGACAAUUCUAGACUGUGUUCUGCAGGCGACCGAAGGCUUGGCUAGCUUUGGAGAUCCGGCAGGCCACCUCGUCGUUGAUUUUGGUGCUGCGAGAAGGUGCUGCCCAGGUGGGUGAGGGUGUCCACGACCUGCAGUUGGGCGCCGUUCGCGUCGAUUUGGGGUGCGACGUAGGCGGCGUUGGGUGGCAGCCGAUGCACAACCACUGUCCUCUUCGUGUUUAUGAUGGAGCUGAGGUUGUCACAGGGGGCGGCCAAGAGGCCCAUGCUUCUUUGCAUGUGCCCUUCUGUAGUGGUGUUGAGGGCGCAAUCGUCAACGAAGAGAAGUUGUUGAUACUCCUGACCGGAAGUGCAUGCGCCGAUGAUUGAGGAGUUGGCCGUCCAUCCUGUAGGCGAUGUGGACCCCGGGGCUUUCGUCAUAGUAGGCGUCCUCUAGUAUGACAGAGAACACGAGAUUGAAGAGAUUAGGCGCGAGGACGCAGCCCUGCUUCACUGUGUUAGUCACUGCGAAUGCCUCUGGGACGGCUGCGUUGUCCGCCAUCAUGCCAUCGUAUAGCUGACGCAACAUUUGAGUGAGUAGAUCGAGGCAGUCACUUCCUGGAGCUGGUGGACGGCAAAUAUCAUGGUGGUGCCGCGGUGACGGCGUAAGCUGCACUGGCUUUCCGGCAAGAGUCGCUCUUCCAGGUGGCUGUUGAGGAGAACGCGAGCGAUAAAUUUUCCGGCGAUGUUAACCAGCGAGAUUCCGCUGUGGUUGUCGCAGAGUUGGCGGUCUCCUUUUCUGUAGAAAUGGACAUAUUGUGGCGUCCCCGAAAUCCUGAGGGACUUGUCUUUUGGCGUUACAUCUGGAAGAGUGUUGUGAGGGGAUUCAUAAUUUGGCGGCCGCCAUGAUUGUAAAUCACAUCAGGGAUCGCAUCUGAUCCGUGUGCUUUCCCGCCGGAGAGUUGCUGCAGGGACCCGAUGAGUUUCUGGAUAGAGGGUGGGAGGUCGAGGUCGAUGUUGUUCUGCACUUGAAGCAGUCGGUCGAUGGUGGCGUCGAAUAUCGUGGAAGGACGGUUGUGAACGCCACUGAAGUGCUCGGCCCGUCACUCCAGAAUUUGCGCCUUAUCAGUGAGUAGGGUACUUCCAUAAGCGCUGAGAAGAGGAGCGGUUCCUUUGGCUGUGAGACCGUAGACAACCUUGAUCGCAGCGAAGAAGUUAUUCCAUUCGUUGCGGUCCGCGUAUCCUUAGAUCUCCUCGGCCUUGCGAGCCGUCCAGGCGUCAUGCAUCUCCCGCAGCCGCUGUUGCACAAGGCGGCGACUACGGUAGAAGGCUGUUUUGUUGUCAUUGGUAGGACGGUUUAGGUAGAUUUUGUGCAGAAGGUUAGGCUCGGCAGAUAGGACGCUGAUAGCGUCGUCGAACCACUCCUGGCCCUGACGAAGUGCGCGGCCGAGGACAUCCGGGGCCGUUGACUGGGCUGUGUCCCUCAGUUGGGACCAUCGGUUUUUCACAGAGGCGUUCUCGUCGGCGGCGACUGGAAGGUUGGCUAGCGUAAAAGCUGAAAUGGAGGAUGAAGAUGGGGAGCGGGCACACUUAAGAAAACAGUAUCCAACUUACCUGAUGAUCCCUUAUUUUGAGGUCUCCUGCGUGACUGUAGGCGGAUCGUCAUCUUGGAGGUGGCGAGGCAAUGAUUGGUCCACCCGUCCGCACUCGAGAUCGCCUUUGUCACCAGUACGUCCUGCUGGUCUCGCCUUCGGCCAGCAGGUGCCAGUGUCGCAACCGAGAGUGCAUCCACGUGGCCUUCUCUCGCGUCUGAGGGCGAAAGAAUGUGUUAGUCAGGAUGAGGCGGUGUUCCGCGCAAGUUCGUAGGAGGAGUAGGCCAUUGUCAUUGGAGCCGUCGAGACCAUGGGUACCCAGCGCUCCUCUUCAAGCAGCAUGGUCUGUGCCGACGCGGAAAAUGAAGUUACCAAGGACAAUCAACUUAUUCGCCUUCAGCACAGACGCCAGGAUGGCGUGCAGGUUUUCGUAGAAUUUGUCUCUCACCUUGUCCGGGCUGGUCAUCGGGGGAGGCGUAGACACUGACGAUGGUGGGGAAUUUGUCUCUCCUAUCAGACAGGCGGAGGCUCAUCAGAUGAUCGUUGAUGCCCUGCGACAGACGGGGCAGGCGUCGCACGAUAUCGGUCCGGGUGGCUUUGACGAUGCCGGCGUCGUUUCGCUCUGCCUGUUGGCGACCAUUCAAAGAGGUGUAGUCGGCACCCACCUCCACUUGGUUUGGGUCGGAGAAUUGGGUUUCGCUGAGUGCUAUGAUUUCCCCCUUGUAACGCGUCAGUUUCCGAUCGACUCUCGCAUGUCUCCUUUCCGGUCUUUUGUCUAAAAAGGAACUAACAUUCCAGACUGCUAGAGUGAGCGGACUCAUCCUAGCAGCCUGCAGGGUGGGGCGAACGGGAGUAGGAGGGGUGAGAGAGAGAUUGUUGUUUCUUAUUUAGCUUUUUCAUCUGCAUGUAUUGCAGUCUGCGAGCCACGGUUUGUCGCAGAUGUUGUGAGCCCAGCAUUUUUUAGGGCACCUUUUGCAGCCCCCCCCCCGCGAGGGGGGUGAGCAGUGCAGCCCCAAAUAGGUCCGCUUAGUCGUCCCAGAUGAUCGCCAAAUUCCGCUAUGGGUCACGGGUUGGAUGGAGUUACCACGCGACCACAUGCAUACCUUAAUUAACAGCUCCGGCUUUCACCGCCAGUGGUUGUAAUGGGUGCGACGAUUAUUUGCUCGUCCUCCUCCGAGUCGUUACCUACCGUAAUUUCGCCGCUGGUGUUGACUUGUGACGCGAUAAUUACUCGGUCAUUCGAUCGCUUACAUUGUCACUAAGCUGGAGACAUGUUUGCUGGAACAAGAGCCUUAUUUGCCUGGCGUUUCGGACCCACACUCGAAUCCAUCAACAGGGGGAGUCUGAUAAGGGCAAUGUGUUACACAGGUGUUACAGUAUUUAUAGGGUGCAGUUGCUAUGACACUACAUGUCUGCCAGAAUUGCCGACACACGUUUAUCAUAAAUAGUUUCACAUGACACGAUAAUUGCUUAAUGGCUUAGGUGCUGUAGAUGAAAAGCACGCCAAUGGGCUCCUCAGUUUCGGGACUCAUAGCCGAGACAGUCCUGUGGCGAUUGGAGUCGCUGGCCUUUUUUGAGAUUCUGAACCCGGUGUGUGGGUGAUACCUUCGUCGAUCGCGGAGUCGGAUUGCACCUAUACCGAAGGCAACCAUAAGGCGCCAGUAAGAAACGAUUGGAGUCAUUUAUCGCUUCUGGCGCAGUUGUGGGCAAAGCGAGUGUUCGGAGAAGCUUGAAGGACUACUCUGGAAUCGGAUGGCCAGCCGUGCGGCAGCAUUGUGAAGGAACGACGCCAGCUCACAAUUUACGGCGCACUGCACGGGACUGAGCUACACAUUCACGUUCGAUGUAGUCGAAAUGCUCGCGAGAGGGGACAACCGCUGGAGCUGCGAAUCGUUCGAGUCAUGGUUUUCGGACCCUCAGUCAAUUAGCAAGCGCAAUGUCUCCCUCUCCAUGUUCCUUUUGGAACUUCGCUUGGGCAAAGUAGUUAGUCGCGCGGAGAGUGCGCAGGCGAUCGCUGCGUCUGGUGCCGGUAUUGGUGGCCUAAAGACCCAGCAUUCCACAAAUGAUGGGAUACGGACGAUUACCGACACUGCUGCGAGCAAUUCAGAAAUUAUCGCAUUAUGUGUGACCAUCCGCUAUGAAUUCGGGAACCGCCUCAUUUUUAUGGGCAUGCAGGGGCGUAACAACUGCGUGCUGCAACACAUGGGCCACCAAGCCAAUAUCGCACCACGUGCAGCUAUCUGCAACGGAUGCGGGAGCCACUAGUUUUGACAGGCAUGCAGUGACAAAGUGACUGCUAUAACAACCGUAGCACCUGUACAACACACUCUUAAGUGAUUCUGCCUCUCAUGAUGAGUUCGAGUAUGGAACCGAGACAUCGGACAAAUAUACUUGAUGCCUCCAACGCGACUGCUUCUGGGACCUCGCCUAUUCGCUUCUAUCGAUAGUCACUGCAAGUGGUGUUCACCCGCGCCCCCCCGCGUGACCAAUUACUGGCGUUGGUUAUUGGCCUGAUUAUUGCACAACAAUUUGGCUCACCGAUGGACACUAGAUAAAGGGCUCGCAAGUGCGCCUCCGUAUUCAUAAUUCCACUACUCAGGCAAAGUUUCAUCGCCGAGCAUGGAGUGGGGAGGUCAUUGUGCCUGUUAAUUGACUGCGGUCUGAAAACCAUGACUCACCCAGCUCACGCGAUCGCCAUCUCGAGAAUUUCGGCCUCGUCGAGCUUGAAGGUGCGACCGGGUCCCGUUAAAUUAGUUGCACCCGUCACCCCUUUUCUGCGACUGGUUCUGAUGGUGAGUUCGAAUGUGGACCCGGAACGUCAGACAAAUAAAUGACCUGCUCUAGUGAUCGUAUUUCAUUCAACUGAACUGCUUCCUGCGGCUCGCUUCUUCGCCUGUAUUGGAUUAUUACUCACUUAUUGUCACUUGCUUUCGUUAGCCCAAGUCCAUAUCUGCCUGCCUAUGAAGGCAGGCAAGACAGUUUGCUAGUCCUGUGAUUCCAUAAGGUUUUCCCCGUCAAAUUCCUUGCCUUAACCCCUCCACUAAAACAAGCUGUUUCCAUGAAAUGAUUACGAAGUGCCUCGGACCUACGAUCCUGAGAAGCUCGUGGGAGAUGUAUAUAGGGUACCGUUGUCUAGUUUUAGGUUUCAGCAACUUUUCAUAUAAAUGUCACUAACUCAUAAAAAAUAACUUUUGGAAACUAGCCUAUCGAAGUUUUGUGUUUAGAUUCGAGCGAGUGACUAUCUCCAGCUACAUGGCCAUUGUAAAUGGUAGAAGCGGAAAAAUGAAUAACGUUCAGGGUUGUCAGAACUAAAGGUCACAUCAGCAGUUAGAAGAGAAUUGAAUCCCUUUUGUAGGGAGGAGUCACAAGCAAUCAAAUGAAGAACUUCCACCACCAACUGACUUUAUGACAAAUGGAAAUGUCCAAAUCCUGAUUAGGAGUCCAAGAUAUUUUUCGGGAGGUAUAAGCUAGAGCGGAGUUGCUACAGUACAUUCUCUCUAUCGUUAUUGAGCCAGUGACGAUUCGCGUGUGGCGUGAAGUCAUGCCUCGAUCUAAGCCUUUCAAUUCGUCUGCCCUCUCCAUGUUUUGUUCAAGCAGAGUCCACACGCCGCGGUAACUGGUAACAAGAAAGGAUCCCUGAUUCAGUGUAUUUAUCGGCUCUUAUCAGAAGCGGACAAAUUUUAAUGGAGAGUGUUGUGAUUCCCCUCUUUACGGCUCGGAUUUUCGUAGUUUCCACCAAGUAAACUACGUCAGAGGCUGCUCUGGGAACUGUGAGUACAAUAAAGCAGCGAAAAGUACGGACCUCUUGUCUGUGGCAGAAAAGUAUGGCAUAACUAGAUAUUUUUGCCUUCAAAAGUGCUGGGGCGGUUGGUUUAGGAAAGGACAUCGCGGCUAGUGAAACACCGGACAUCUGACCCUUACCUCACUGCGUCAAGCCCGAAUCCGAAAAUCGUGACUUUUAAGGCAGUUAUUAAAUGCACUGAUAGUGAGUCGCGAACAGUGCCAAGGCGAACGCGGUUGAUAACUGCAUUGCAAAGAUCGGCAAUCGCCUUAACAAUCGGUAUCACAGGUAACGGUUGAUAAAUUAGGGAUAGCAGUUUCAGUUUUGCCACCCAUUUCCAUGCCGCAGCGCGGGCGUGAACACUGGAAUACUACGGAAAGGCGGCUUUAUCACUUCAUUCGAAUGUGCAAACCUGUCUGAUGACUGCGCGCACUUUCCUAGAUAUAUCACCGUUCUCAUUGAUUUGCGGUAAUACUAAUUCCGCUUUCUGAUGACUAGGAUUACUAAUGACCUUGAGGGCUAGUUAGGUGGACUAUGCGUCCUGCGCAGUGCAGCCAACUUUUGGGGUUCACUGACCACUACGGCUGGUUAGGCCUCGUAUGUUGCCAUCUAGCAUUGAAUGGCUAUUGCCGCAAAAUACAGAUUUGAAAUUUUCCGCAACAACUAGGGACCUGCGUUUAUCCUUUUAUUUUUGGUACGAUGUGCAGGUAGCAAAUUACACUUAAUUUACCAAAAAAUUGGCAAAGCAGCAGUGCAUUUUCAUUCGAUUUUCAUCGCAGUCCGACAACUGAUUCUCCCCUUUUCACCUUUUAGCGAAAAGUCUGAUACACGAAGAGAUCGGUGA